AGAAGAGAGAGAGAGAGAGAGAGAGAGAGAGAGAGAAGGAGACAGACAGACAGAGAGAGAAGAAAAGCAAAAGAAGAACAGGCAACCCCUCCAUCACCUGCGUCGAGUUACGCCACGAGACUCGGGCCAAGACGACGCCAUCUUGCCACAAAGGAGAGUUUCCCACGCCCGAACGCACCAGAAGACCAGAAGACGCCCUAUCAAGUCCAAUUCUCUUAA